UACAUAUUUCCCAUUUAGGCUAAGCGUUGCCGGGCCAAAAAGCUGCAACUUCGCUUUGCUUGUCGAGAAGUAAACAGUAAACCUGAGAGAAGCGACGAGACGGAGAGACGGAGAGACGCACUCGUUUGUGGCGGAGAGCUGACAUUUGACCAGACUUGCAUGCGAUAUCUUGUUAGCAGUUUUACGUCUUUGUUGAGCAUUUGUUUGCGUGCAUUACUCUUAUCUUCUGUUGUCUCGUCCUGUUAUCAUCGGAAUUCAUCCCUGCCGGCGCAAUAUUCAAAGAAUACAUAAUUCUUCACCAGGAAUACCUACUGUGGCACCUCUACAAUUACUCGAAGAAAGCGCCCUAUACACUCGAAUUGGAGACUGCCAUACCUCUCAGCUUGUCCAUUGAGCCACCACCUUGCUCUAUGCAACUUCUUCGCAAUUGUUACUAGCCAUGGAGCCACUAUCUCCGCGAUCAACCAACAUUCCACCAAAACCAAAAGUUGAAGGAGCCAAAAAGUUAUCGGUCAAGACCAAUCCUGCCCAAAAACAGCCAUCAUCCCAUCGGCAUCAUGCAACACCUCCACCUCCCGAGGUCAAGGAGCCUGGCCCUUGCGGAGAGGAAUAUGAGAUAGGUAGCUUCCUGGGAAAGGGAGGAUUUGCAGUCUGCUAUGAAGGGAAGCUUGUAAGGAAUGGUCGUAUAUUUGCCAUGAAAGUUGUCAAGUCUGAAAUGCAGCAAAAGAAGAUGGAGGAAAAGGUAUGCGCUAUCUACCAAUGGGUACGGGUUUAAUUUGAUAGCUGACUCAAUUGGAUUGUUACAGUUUCGGACGGAGCUGCAGAUUCACUCAAAGAUGAAACAUCCUAACAUUGUUACAUUUCACCGAGCGUUUUCCUUCCGGAAAAACAUAUACGUGGUUCUCGAGCUUUGUCCCAAUGGUUCAGUGAUGGAUAUGGUGAAGAAAAGAAAGUUCCUAAGUCUGCCAGAGGUACGAAGGUUUAUGGUACAACUCUGUGGCGCUGUGAAGUACCUCCACAAACGUCAUGUUGCUCAUCGUGACUUGAAAAUGGGAAACUUGUUUCUCGACCAAUGCAUGAAUAUCAAAGUUGGCGACUUCGGGCUGGCGGCCCUGAUGCUCAGCGAGAAAGAUGAGAAGAGAAGAAAGACGCUGUGCGGGACUCCGAAUUAUAUUGCUCCAGAGGUUCUGGAUAAGAGCAAAGGAGGUCACAAUCAAAAAGUCGACAUCUGGUCUUUGGGUGUGAUUUUGUAAGUGCUGUGGAUUCCCCACCAAGUGAAGAAAAAGUAGCUAACUGGAGUCCCGUUGAUUCAGCUUUGCCAUGCUUACGGGUUUUCCCCCAUUUCAAUCCAAAACCCAAGAGGAAAUUUACAAGAAGGUGAAGUCACUGAGUUACGACUGGCCAGUUGACACCGAAAGUGCAAAUUACAUCCCGGACGAGGCUAAAGAUCUAGUUACUGCUUGCUUGAACCUUGCGGAAGAGAAAAGACCGGAUCCCGACCAAAUUGUAGAUCAUCCAUUCUUCAAUAUGUACAAUGGCUGCAUUCCCCGUGAACUCGAACCCGAAUCUCGCACAUCACCUCCACAUUGGUUAACAAAAGAUAGCCCUCGAGGCGACAACCCGGCCUCUGGAUACAGUUUGGAGUACGACCAUACAUAUAGGAAACUUAUAUCCCACGUUACGAAUUCUACCCAGAGAUACAUCAUAUGUAAGAACAUCUUUUACGCGGAGUGCGGCGUUGGAAGACGGAGCUCAGGGGAAAUACGAAAAUCGGCAGGGAAAAGAUGUGGAAAAUCUGCUUUUGCUGAAUGCCUUACCGAGGAAGAGAGGGGUCUCCAGCCUGUUAUGCCUCUGCCAUCCGACAGAGUCUACAGCUACUACAUUGAUAAUGGCAAGGAUUGGAGUCUUGACGAAGCAGAGGCGGAAAAUGACCUGCCAGAGGACCAAGAAAGUAGCAAUCGAGCUAUUGAUGGCCGGAAUACUUUGACUAAAUCAAAGGCAGCAAUGAUAGCGAGGACCGAGAUCGCUCUGGCUGCCCAGCUCAACCGCCGAGAAUCCGCUCCCAAGAAUCAUGCUGCCAUGCUUCGUCAACAGGCAAUUGCACCUCGUCCAGCAGCAAAGGACACUUCUUCAACUGCCACUCAAGCUACAGUGGCACCCCCUGAUGCCGUGCCGGAGAAGAAUCCAGCCAUCAGGAGUACUCGGAAUCUACUUAGCCAACGCCCUAUACGCACACGAUCACAGACUGCACAAGCCUACCAUGAGUCAAUGCGGGAAAAGACUCGGGCACCCACUACAUCUAUGUCCAAAUCAACCUCAACCCCAGCGGCACUUGGGGCUGCCUCCAGUAACAAAGCUCCCAACUCGGGGUCUGCCCCUGUGGAUAGUCUCCAAAAUACCGAACACCAGAACGUGCUUGAAGAACCUGUCAAACCAGCGGCGUGUCAGCCUAGAUCAAACGUAGGUUCCGGACGUACGAUACCUAUUCGGUCAGACUCAACUUCUACCUUACGCCGGCAUCAGAGUCAAUCAUCAGUUACGGGCAGGGACGUUGCAUCUCGUUCAAAUAAGCCACAAGGCCUGACCAGAUCAUCAACCACCUCGUCAGCCGCAUCUAGCAGUGGCAGUAAAUCAAGGUCGGCGUUGGGGUCUGGCCCACUUCUUUUGCCAGAGGAUCAGUCAGAAGUGCUGCCAGGAUCAAGCGUGCAGGAAGUUGUAACUGAUCUCCAGAUAUACCAGUCCAUCCUUCGUGAGAAACCAUCCCAAAGCUCGUUUAGAAGCUCUGGGAACAGGGCUGCUCAACCUAAAUCAACCUCCAAAUCCGGAGCCCAUCCAUAUGUUGUGAAGUGGGUUGACUACACGAACCGAUAUGGGAUUGCCUACGUGUUGGAUGAAGGAAGCGUUGGUUGCGUUUUCAGGGGCGAGAAUGGCUAUCCCGCAACGGGAGUAGUAGUUAGGGAUGGUGAAAGCCACCUUCGGCUAAAGGCGCGCGCGAAAGGAGACCCAGAAAAUGCUAACUCCUACUCAGAAGUCGAUCAGCUUGUUCCAAGAGAUGGCAAGCCCAUUGAAUUCUAUGAAAAUGUAGAAAUUAAUGCGGACGGGUAUUCCGACGGAACUAUCAGGAGAGCUCUUCUCCCUGCACGGACGUUCGAGACAAGACGGUCAAGCCCAGACAAGCCAGCAAACGUUCUCUGCACAGUCCGAAGCGCUGAGAAGGCAAAUCGUGUCAGACUGGUAGAUCAGUUCGGCAAAUAUAUGGUAGGGUCUCUAGGGAGAGGCGCUAUUGAACCAUCGAAAUCGAAAAGCAGCGGCCAAUACAUCAAAUUCUACCAGAGGCUCGGAAAUGUUGGAGUCUGGGGCUUUGGAGACGGUGCAUUCCAGUUUAACUUCCCUGAUCAUACUAAGCUUGUGCUAUAUCUACCCGAGCAGCGACCAGCUGAUCCAUCAGAGCUGGCCAACUCCUGUAGAAUUGACUUCUAUCACCUUUCACCGUCAGCAGCUAGAUACCUUGCUGUGAAAGGCAAAAUGCACCCCAGCGGUUUCGAUACCAGAACAGUCAUAUCAGAGCCGGCCUCUGCUUAUCUAUCGUCCAUCUCUGGUAUCUCUACAAAGAUUCCGGGUAUCACUGCUGAACGGUUCAGAGACAUCCUCGAGGCAAACUCUUUUCCAAAGAAACUUGAAUUUAUCACAACGGUCAUUGAUUGCUGGGCUACUAACAAGAGACUUGGAGGAAGGGUGUCUCUCUCGUCUGUCUCGAAAGUCAAUGGUGCCAUAAAAUGUACCUCUGCAGACCUUUUCUGGGAUGGAGCUCAAGAGCGAUCUUGGGCGAGCGCUUCUGGGAGCAAGUUUGUCUGGGUUUCGGUCGGAGCACAAGGAGGAGAUGGUGAUUAUAUGUCAGUCAAACUCCAAACAAAUGCAGCCGGAGAAGUUGAGUGUGCUGGCGUGGAAGGAAACCCUCAGCUUGGGGACCAGCUACAGAGGUUGGUCUGA